AUGAGACAUUUCACUCAAAUCGCAUCCUUGCUUUUGCUGUGGAUUACUCUAGGCACUUCAGCUGCUGUUUUAGGUCUUUCUAUCCCUAACACUUUCCGACAAAGCCCGCUAGGUCUAUCGCAAAAUCAACAUUUUAUCAUGGAUAAACUCAUCCCAGGUUUCACCAAACCGCAGCCUACAGGCUCCGAAACAGGUCCAGGUGCAGAUGUACCUAUGAUUUGUGAUGUCCUUCCAAAAACCAAGGGAAUCAAUAUUUUCGCUCAGCUGACCCGCGAUUUUGACCCCAUCGCCUCUCGUUUGAAUGAUUCCUCAAGAAAUAUCACUGUGUUGGCACCACGGAAUAGUGCUGUCCAGGCAUUGCCCCGGAAACCGUGGGAAGACCCAGAGGAUUAUGCGAAGUUUGGGGAUGUGAAUGCCUAUGAAGGGCAAGAUGGGCAGGAUCGGGCGAAGCGGAAUCUAGAACGAUUUGUCGAAGCACAUCUUAUUCCUGUUAACCCAUGGAACGAAGGAGAGGAGGUGGAAUCGCUGAGAGGAGAGAAGCUUAAAUGGACGAAGGAGGGCGACAAGAUAUUCAUACAACCUGGCAAUAUUGAGGUUGACAGUAUUGCGGAGAAGGUGGCCAACGGAGAGGUCUGGGUGUUAAACAGUGUGAUCAAUUACCGUUGA